AUGACGGGGCCUGUCAUCAAGUCCUUGCUGGAUACUGACAUGUACAAAUUGACGAUGUAUGCAGCUGUUCUCCAAAAUAUGCCCGAUGCUGAGGUAAUUUAUAAAUAUACCAACAGGUCUUCACACAUGACAUUUAAUAAGGAGGCAAUUGAAUGGCUAGAGCAGGAAGUUCGCGUGCUAGGCGAUUUGAAAUUUGGCAAAGACGAAAUUGAGUAUUUGAAAACAGCGAUCCCAUACUUGCCAGAUGAGUUUUUGAAGUACAUAUCAAAUGGCCAGCCAAAGAUAUGCCCCAGCGACCAAAUUAGCCUUUCGACUGAGCCUGCAGAUGCUCCAGAGAGGUACCAUAUCAAAAUUCAGGUCAAGGGGCUUUGGAGAGAUACAAUUCUUUACGAAAUUCCUUUGCUGUCUUUGAUAUCAGAGGCUUACUUCAAGUUUGUUGACACUGACUGGACCUAUGAAAACCAGGAGGAACGCGCCUACCAAAAGGCUAAGAAGCUGAUUGAAAACGACAUCAAUUUCAGCGAAUUCGGGAGCAGACGUCGGCGAUCUUUGGAAGCUCAAGAUUUGGUAUUAAAGGGAAUCAUUAAGGCAGUCGAGGAGACAGGUGAAAAGGGUAGGAAAUGCUUUGCAGGUACUUCCAAUGUGCUCUUUGCCAAGAAGUAUGGUGUGAAGCCUGUUGGGACCGUUGCUCACGAGUGGAUGAUGGGAGUCGCUUCUGUAACAAAAGAUUAUGUGAACGCUAAUAAACUCGCUAUGGACUAUUGGAUUAAAACUUUCGGUCCCGAAAAUGCUGGUUUGGCUCUUACUGAUACAUUUGGUACCGACAACUUUCUCAAGACCUUUAUUCCACCCUAUUCCGAUUACUACGCAGGCGUUAGGCAAGAUUCUGGCGAUCCAGUGCAGUACGCCAAAAAAAUUGCACACCACUAUUUUGAUGUAUUGAAGUACCCACGAUUCUCAAAGCUUAUCUGCUUUUCUGAUUCAUUGAAUCCGGAAAAAGCUAUUCAAUAUUCUCAGGCUGCACACGAUUGUGGUUUGAAGGCAACUUUUGGGAUUGGCACAAAUUUCACCAAUGAUUUCCAUAGUUCUGAAGACAGUGUAAAGGUUAGCGAACCUCUUAAUAUUGUUAUCAAACUGUUGGAAGUCAAUGGUAAUCCUGCUAUCAAAAUCUCAGACAAUAUGGGCAAGAAUAUGGGGGACCCACGCACUGUUCGUAGGGUGAAGGAGGAACUUGGAUAUAUUGAACGUACAUGGGCGGGUGAUAAUGAGGCUCACAGAUGGGCCUCUUAG